AUGCUCCGGCGCGCCUGGAAACCCGCACUAGGUGCCACCGCUGCCACCCUCUGCGUCGGCGCCCCCCUCUACUACUACUACAAUCACAACGGCCGCCGCCAGGAGCCCAGAGACACCUUCAACAUCUCCGAGCAGGUCGACGCCCGCCUGCGCGAGCACGCGACCGCGCAGGCCGUCGCCCGCCCCGGCGGCGUCGUCUGGAAGUCCACCACCGCCCACUUCGCGUCCAACGACCCGAUCGAGGACGCGCACGGGAACCUCCUCGUCGAGCGCAACGCCGCCCCCGCCGACGGCCCCGCGCCCCCCGCGGGCGACUACCUCUUCUUCGCCGUCAUGGACGGCCACGCCGGCUUCAGCACGUCGCGCACGCUCGCCAAGGUCCUCAUCCCCGUCGUCACCAUGGAGCUCGCGAGGUGCGUCAACGAGCCCCAGGCUGGCGGCGCCGUCCCGUACGACGCGAACCCGGAGAAUGUCGCGCGCUCGAUCGAGAAGGCGUUCGUCGACCUCGACUCUAAAAUCGUUAACGGGCCGCUCGAGAUCCUCGCGGACAACGUGGACGAUGAGUCGCUCAAGAAGAAGCUCGUCCCGGACCUCAGCCAGCACCCACUCGCAGCGGAGGCUAUCAGAACGGCCAUGUCAGGGAGCUGCGCGCUGCUCGCCAUGUUCGAUACCGCGCACCGCAACCUCUACGUCGCCGUCACCGGCGACAGCCGCGCCGUCGCGGGCGUGUUCGAGGAGACUGCGGACGGCAAAGGCGUGUGGCGCGUCGAGGCGCUGACUGAGGACCAGACGGGCCGCAACCCCAACGAGCUGAAGAGGCUACAAUCCGAGCAUCCUGCGGACGAGGCGGACAACGUCGUCCGCAACGGGCGCAUCCUCGGUGGCCUCGAGCCCUCGCGCGCGUUCGGCGACGCCCGCUACAAGUGGCCGCGCGAGGUCCAGGAGACUCCGCCGUACGUCACCGCGCGCCCCGUCGUCACCCACCGCCCGCUCGCCUUCCUCCCGCUGCCCGCGGACCCGACGGCCCCGGCGCCGAAGUCCGCGCUGCGCUUCGUCGUGCUCGCGACCGACGGCCUCUGGGACGAGCUCGCGAACGAAGAGGUCGUCGCGCUCGUCGGCGGGCACCUCGCCGGCCUGCGCGGCACCGUGCCCAAGGCGGACCUCGCGCGCCUCGUCCCGACCGCGGCGGGCAGCGCGGGCGUCGACGGCAAGUCGCACCUCCGCGGGCAGCAGGACGCGCGCGGCGCGUGGGCGUUCGAGGACGACAACCUCAGCACGCACCUCAUCCGGAACGCGCUCGGCGGCGGGGACGUCGAGCACCUGCGCAAGCUCGCGAGCAUCCCCGCGCCGUACUCGCGCCGGUUCCGCGACGACAUCACCGUCACCGUCGUCUGGUGGGAGGACGGGCGGGAGGCGGCGGCGCAGACGGACCAGUGGAACGCUGAAGGCCACACGCGCGCCCCGUCUGUCGUCGUACACUUGGCCUUCGACAUCGACGUCGCGGUAGCCGCCUUCGAGCUCCUUUCCUCCAUCAACGACUUCACCAUUGUUGGUGGUCUGAGAGGCAGCGGUGGUUUUGAGCAAGGCGGUGCCGACCAGGCCCACUAA